ACCGCUUCCGUAGUUCCGUGUCCACGUCAAACCUGACAGCAGCCAUCGCAGCAGCAGCAGAGCUGAGCUGAUCUGAUGGCUGCAGCAGAACCAGUUGAGGUGGCACUUUCUGAGCUCUGUGUUGUUUAGAACCGGCUUAAAAACCUGCUGGAAAUACCCACCGUAGACGACACAGACUCUCAAGUAACGUAAGGGCUGUAAUGUAACGUUAUUAGCUGUUUAACUGAAGUGUAACUGUCGGUUAGCUUAGCUUAGUCUUGACACAUUCCUCCAGGUCAGCUGUUAUGAGCCGGAGUCUCUCUGCUAAAUGAGCGUCUGUCAGCCGGAAAACAGACUCAGUUUCAUGAAGAGUUGAGUUGAUUUAGAAGUUAAAGACGUCUCUGUGGUGUAGAAGUUCACAGUUACAGCUUGAUGAUUAAGUUUACUGUCUCACCUCUGGAGUUAAAGCUAAGCUAGCUUCCUCUAGUCCUCCUCGGCCCUGCUUUGUUGUUGUUUGGUUUGUGGUUUGGUCUCCUCGAGAUGUCAUCGUGGCUGGGUGGUAUCGGCUCCGGCCUGGGUCAGUCUCUGGGUCAGGUCGGAGGGAGUCUGUCCUCCUUCACCGGACAGAUCUCCAACUUCACCAAGGACAUGCUGCUGGAGGGGCAGGAAGAAGUAGGAGAUGCUGCCACAGAACUGCAGGUGUCCAAUUCCAAGUUGGCCGACGUCGAGGUGGCGUUCGCCUCUCAGAAAUCUGAGUACGACAGAUUAAGAAAGCUCUACGCAGAGCUGGAGGAGAAGCUGGAGGCAUCAGAGAUCCAGAUUAAAGGACAGUCUGCAGAGUACAGAAGCCUCCUGCAACAGAGAGAUGUGGAGAUCAGUCACCUGAAAGCUCGGCAGAGUGGACUCCAGGAAGAAUUCCAGACGCUGCAGCAGUCGGCUCAGUCUGCCUCCGUCGGUCCCGCCAUGCUGCCCGUCACCACCGCUUCCUCCACCACUACCUCCUCUUCUGUUUCCUCUUUUAUGUCUCGACCCUCGGGGUCCCACCAGGGCUUCCACGGCGACGAAAUGGACCUCAGCGACGUCCUCUGGUCGCAGCAGGAGAUCAACCGGCUGUCGACAGAAGUCAUGCGUCUGGAGGCCGAGGUGGCACACUGGAGGCGGAUGUCUCAGGCAUCAACAGCAGUUGGAGCUGGUAACGGCGACCAGGGAGAUAUUCUCAAACUUCAAAGAACUAUUAAGGAGCUGCGAGAGGACAUGGGUCGCGAGGUGGAUGAACACCAGCACGAACUGGCCGCUCUGCAGGACGCCCAACGGCAAAAGAUGGCCGACAUUACCCGGCGACAUCGAGAGGACUUGGCAGAGUACGAGGAGAGGAUAGAGGAGCUGGAGGAACAGAUGCAGAGUGGUGGUGGUCCAGCCACUUCCCCGUCAGAUGCCUCCAAACUUCCUGAACUCCAAAAAACUAUAAGCUCCCUGCAGGAAGCGGCAGAUCAGCGGGAGAAGCAGCUGGCCGAGCUGACCGCCAGUCUGGAGGAGGCGCAGACGAGACAGGAGUCUCUGCAGCUGGAGAAGGACGAGGUCCAGGAAGAAAACACCGGGCUGCUGCAGAACUACACGCGGCUGCAAACCUCUGUCACCGAGCUUCAGACACGAGUACAAGAGCAGGAGGGGAAGUCUUUGCAAAAAGCCCAGCUAGACCACGAGAUCCAAGUACUGAGAAAAAACCUUGCAGAUGCAGAAAAAGAAAUAGAGGAAAUUAAAAGCUUGGCUGAGGUAAGCGCAGCACCAAAGGAAGAAGUUGAGCACGCAGACAUCUUGGAGCUGAACACCAUUAUUGGAACGUUGAGACAAGAAAAGGAAGCCCUAGAACAAGAAAAGCUUAAUCUGCAAGAAAGACUGAAAACGACAGAGGAGCGAACAGUUAGCAAUAAUGAGUCUGAGUUUGUUGACUCUGAGUCACUGGAGGAUCUGAAGGUCGAGCUCGAGAGGAGAGAAAAGGCCCUGAGAAACACUGAGGAGGAGCGGGACACCCUGAUGUCUGAGCUGGAGGAACUAGACCGGCAAAACCAGGAAGCAACACAGCACAUGAUCUCGGUGAAGGAGCAGCUCUCUGGGCAGCUGAAGGAGGCCGAGGCAGAACUGACGGGACUGACUGCACAGCUGAACACAACCAAAGACCAGAAGAGGGCACUGGAGCAAGAGCUGGACACCCAAAAAGAAAAAGCGAGCCAGAGCGCUUUCACCCUCAACGACCUGCAUAUGGGCAAACAGGAGCUGGAACGGACGGUGAAGGAGCUGAAAGACAAACUGGGACAUGCACAGGAGCAGAGCAGGGAGGCACGAAGAGAAAUCACAGAGAUGAAGAAGACUGUUGAGGAGAGAGAGGAGCAAUUAUCUGUUGCCAAAGCAUCGCUGGAUCAGGCAGGGGAGAGAGGAAGUGGGGCAACUAAAGAGAAGCUGGCUGGGAAGGAGAGGGAGCUUUCAGACCUCAGGAGAGAAUUGGAUGAGGUGAGGAACUCUCAGGAGGAGGCGCUGUCUGAGGACUACGAGUUGAAGAUGGAGAACAGGAGGUUGAAGGCGGAGAGUGAGCAGGCUGUGGGUAAAGCCGAGGAAGUAACCAAGCAGAUGAAGGAAAGCCAGGCUGCUCUGAAGAGGACGGUACGGGAGAAGGAAACUCGUAUCGAAGCUCUAAAGCUGGAGAAAACUCAGUUAGAGGGUGAAUUGGGACAAGCUGAGAGGACGCUAACAGAACAGGCAAAACAGUACCAGCAAACCAUCGAGGAGCUGACUCGAGCCCGCUCCAUGGACGCCUCCGCUUUGCAGACGGAGCACGAGCGAGCCAUCAAACUCAACCAGGAGAAAGACAUGGAGAUAGCUCAGCUGAAGAGAGACGCAGAGCAGUUGGCGUCCGACCACAGGGACACCAACGAGAUGCUUUCGAUCACGGUCGCGGGGCAGAAGCAGCUGACCGAUUUGCUGCAGGAGAAGGACGUCUUCAUGGACACGUUAAAACAAAACGCUUCAGAUUUGCAGAAGGAGAUGGAGAGCAGUAUGUUAGUCGUGACAAAGGAAGCGGAUGCUCUCAAACAGGCACUCGAGGAGAAGGAUAAACAGUUGGGGGGUAUGAAGGAGGAGAACAGUCAUUUGAAAGAAGAGAUCGACCGAAUCAGGGAUCAGCAGAGCAGACCUCAACCUCUGGCUGAGCCCAGGACCUUGGACAUCAUCACAGAGCUUGAGACAGAGAUCACCCAGCUCAAGUCCUCCAGGAACGGUCUGGAAGAGGAGGUCCAGACUCUGAGGAGAACCAUGGAGGAGGUGCAGGCCUCUCUCCUUCUGUCCCAGCAGUCCCUCCAGGUUCAGCAGACUGAGCUCGAGCAGGCUCAUGCUCGCAAUCAGCAGACCACACUUAACUAUGACAGACUCAUCCACGCCAGAGAUGAAGAGAUAUCCUGCCUCCAGCAGACCGUAGAUCAGCUCAGUGAGAGUCGAGUCCGUGCCGACUCCCCCCCUAUGCAGGGAGAGGUCAUCCUGCAGGAGGAGAAGACCCAGACUCUAAAUCAGGAGAACGGCAACGAGAAACACGACCUGUCUAAGGUAGAAAUAGAAAGACUGGUGAGAGGCAUCAAGGAGAAAGAGACUGAGAUCAGCCAGCUGAAUGAGAAGAACCUCUCACUGGCCAGACAGCUGGAUCAGCUGGUGGUGUCUCGUGACGAAGUGGGCAAACUGUCCCAGAUGAUCCUGCAGAAGGAUCUGGAGAUCCAGGCGCUUCAUGCCAGAGUGACCAUGGUUGGAGGUGGUGGACACAGCCAGGAUGUCAUGUUCCUACAGCAGCAGUUGCAGGCGUACGCCGUGGAGAGAGAGCAAGUGCUAGCCGUGCUCAACGAGAAGACCAGAGAGAACAGCCAGCUUCGCUCCGACUAUCACCGCCUCAUGGAUAUCAUGGCGGGGAAGGAGGGGGCCCUGCUGAAGCUUCAGCAGGAGAACCAACGCCUCUCCAACAUGAGCGAUCCCUCAGGAAGCCAAGAGAUGUUCAAGGAAACCAUCCAGAACCUGUCCCGCAUCAUCAGGGAGAAGGACAUAGAGAUUGAUGCUCUGACCCAGAAGUGCCAAACGCUGGUGACCGUCCUGCAGUCCUCGGGAGGAGAGUUCGGCACCGGCUCCGGAGGCGUCAGCAGCAACCAGUUUGAGGAGCUGCUGCAGGAGAGGGACACACUGAAACAGCAGGUGAAGAAGAUGGAGGAAUGGAAGCAGCAGGUGAUCACCACAGUCAAGAACAUGCAGCACGAGUCGGCUCAGCUGCAGGAGGAGCUGAUCAAACUGCAGGGUCAGGUCGACGCCGACAGCGAUUGCAGCUCCAAGCUGUCGGUGGACUACGCAGGACUGAUCCAGAGCUAUGAGCAGAAGGAAAGGAAGCUGGGAAAUCUGAGUCAGGAACUCGCUCAGGUCCAGCAGACCAUCACCCACCUCAGCACCACCAAGGACGUCCUGCUGGGUAAACUGGACAGCGUAGCACAGACUCCUGAAGCCGUAGCUGUUCAGUCUAGUGGACCUUCUCUCUCAGCUGAUGCUCCAAGCCACCAGACGUCUCCAGCAGCAAACAACGAGAAACUGCAGGAAGAAAUUGCCCGAUUGCAAAGUCAGUUGGCUGAGAAGGAAAACCUAAUCAAGACUCUUCAGGAGAACAACCACCGGCUCUCCAACUCAGCAUCCGCCACAGAGAGCGAGCAGAGAAGUCAGGCCGAGGAGGCUCGGCUGGUCAGAGACAAGCUGGAGGCCCUGCAGAGGUCUGUGAGGGAGAAAGACCUGCUCAUCAAAACCAAAGGCGACCAGCUGAGUCACGUCAGCGAGGCGCUGCGUAACCGCGAGAACGACAACGAGGUGCUGAAGCAGGCCGUCACCAACCUGAAAGAGCGAGCUCUCAUUCUGGAAAUGGACGUGAGGAAGCUGAAGGAGGAGAACGAGCUGGUUGCUUCACGCUCUCGAGAGAAACAGUCUGAGUUCAGAGCGCUGCAGGAAACCAACAUGCAGUUUUCUCUCCUGCUGAGAGAGAAGGAGUUUGAGCUAACUGCUGUAAGCGAGAAGUCGGCAACUGUGGAGAGGAUGCUCAAGGACAAAGAGCAGGGUAAGUCUGGAGAGCUGAAUCAACUCCUGAAUGAGCUGAAGUCCAUGCAGGAGAAAGCUGUGGCGUUCCAGCAGGAGAGGGAUCAGGUGAUGAUGGCACUCAAGCAAAAGCAAAUGGAGACGACUGCAGUACAAACUGAGCUUCAGCAUAUGAGGGACAAAGAGCAGCGUCUCAACUUGGAGCUGGAACGGUUGCGUAAUCACCUCUUGGAGAUCGAGGACUCGUACACGAGAGAAGCCGUCGCUGCAGAGCACAGGGAGACUGAACUACGCAGGAGGGUGGUGCUGCUGGACGGCAAACUGGCCACGUCCUCCAGUGCUGUGGAGAAUGCCAGCCAACAGGCCAGUAUGCAGGUGGAGUCUCUGCAGGAGCAGCUGAGUGGAGUAGUGAAGCAGAGGGACGAUGCACUCAUCCACCUCAGAACCUCCCAGGAGCAGGUCAACCAGUAUGCAGUGUCGCUCUCCAACCUGCAGAUGGUGCUGGAGCAGUUUCAACAAGAAGAGAAAGCCAUGUACUCGGCAGAGCUUGACAGGCACAAGAAGGAGAAGGACGAGUGGAAAAGAAAAUCUAACAGGCUGGAAGACCAAGCAUCUGCUCUUCAGAUUAACCUCGAUGAAGCCAACGGUGCUCUGGAGUCAGCGUCUCGCCUCACUGAUCAGCUCGAUCUGAAGGAGGAGCUCAUCGAAGAGCUGAAAAAACAAGUGGAACUGAGACAGGAGAUGUUGGAGGAGGCGCAGAAGAAGCUGAUGACUCUUCUAAACAGCACAGAGGGGAAGAUAGACAAAGUCCUGAUGCGUAACCUGUUCCUGGGAUACUUCCACACAGCUAAAACCAAGCGUGCCGAUGUGCUGAGGCUCAUGGGAAGUGUUCUGGGACUGAGCAGAGAAGACGUUGACAAGAUGUUAGAGGACGACGGACGGCACGGCGUUACUGGAUGGGUGUCGGGCUGGCUGGGAGGUAGAGGAGCACAAAGUGUCCCAAACACUCCCCAGAGGCCCACCAGCGGCCAAGGACUCAACUCGUCCUUCUCAGAGAUGUUUGUAAAGUUCCUGGAAAUCGAGUCGACCCCUUCGCUGCCUGCACCGAGGCUUCCAGUCCAUGACAUCAAGCCUCUGAGCGCCCCUCCUCUGAGACGAACCAGCGGUGCCGCUUCCAGCGGCGCGACAGGAGCUGCAGUAUACGGCAAACGGCCCGGCGAAUCCAAUCCUUUCCUGGCCCCUCGCUCUGCUGCCGUGCCCCUGCUGGCUGGUUCCAGCUCCGGCGGCCCAGGAGGUCACCUGCUCAUGAAGCCCAUCUCCGACGCCCUGCCCAGCUUCACGCCCGUUCCGGUCUCAGCCGAAAGCGGAGGAGCCGUGCUCAAAGACUUGUUAAGGCAGUGAUCGAGUGCCAGAUAGACACUGAUAGUUUUACACUACACAGACAGCAGUUCUGCUACUUAUUGCUGCUCUUUCUUUUUUUUUUUUUAAUAUCCUUCAAAAAUAAAUGAUCUGAGAAUUCAUGAAGGCUUAAUAUUCCCUUUUUUUGGGAGGGGAUUUUGUUUUUUUUGCAAUUACUGUUCUAUGCAACAGAUUCUCCCUUUACACAUCAGUCUUGACAUUAUUGUUACGUGUUGACCCACAAGUUGAAAAUGAUCAAUGAAGUGACUACACAUGCAAACAGGUUGCGAACAUUUUCAACUAGUGGAUCGUUCAUAGUUUAGAGAGCAUAGAAACUGUCCUUUCGGGUUUAUGAGUUACGUCUUACAUUUAUGAUUUUUCUUCAUCGCAGCAGUUCUGAACACAAGUGACCUUGUAAACUCACUGUGUGCAGUUCAAUCCAUGUGGGUUGAGUCUAAUCAUCACCUCUGUUUGCAAGAGGAAACAUCUCAUGUCUUUCAGUGUUCAUCCUUUGACUUGCAUUGGACAACUUGUAUUUUCUUGUCUUUCUGAGUCUUUAUUUUUUUUCUUCUUUUCAACAAUGCAGUGAAUUGUUUCUGAUCCAGGACUUGCCUAAAACCUCUGGCAGCAGUAGUCUGCGUAGAGAUUUAUGUGGUUCAGUACAUCUGUUCAAACCAUAAAGACAUUUUUGCUAAAUCUUGUCUUUUCCAGACGGCCAGACUGUGAUAUGCAACAAGUAAUUAUGGCUGCGGACUGUGGUUGAUCAGAGGCUUGAGACUGCUCAGUACUAUUAUAUAGUCAUAUAUAUAUAUAUACAUAUAUAUAUAUAUAUGUAAAUGGGUGGCGUGUUUUCCUAUUUAUAGGCACUAAGGAAGUUUUGGGAAGUUAAGUGCCUGCAUUUUUGCUAAUUAGAUAGUUGUAUAAUCAGGAUUGUAAAUGGUUAAUAUAAAUAUAUAUAUUUACAAAAUGUAAAAAACUGCACAUUUAAAAACGUUUUACCUGACCAGAGCUGGCCAGCGCAUAACUGAGCUGCUCUACAUUUUUUUGUAUAGACAUCAAUCAGCCGCUGCAGAGGGAAUGUUACAGGGUGUCUCCAGGUGUAUUAUUAAAAUGUAAUAAGAAUUUUUUUAGAUGUAAAAAUCAAAAACUUGGACGUGUCAAACAGGAGUUGGAUUAUCUUAAAUUGAGUUAGUACUGGUGAUUUAAUUGGAAUUUAAAAUCAAAUAAAGGUACUGCUGUGCUGACCCUUUA